AUGAAUCCCACCACCCUACUCAGCUUCCUCUCCCUAGCCAUCCUCGGCCACACGCAGCCGUCCCCAUCCAGCACCUGGACCCCCUGGGAACGCAUCUCCCAGAACGAUUCCGCCCUCCUGAUCGUCGACCAGCAAGUCGGCCUCUUCCAACUAACCCGCGACUGGGACCCCACCGUCUACAAGCAGAACAUGCUGGGCCACGCCGCGCUCGGAAAGCUGUUCGACAUCCCAGUCGUGAUGACCACGUCUGCGGAGACGGGUCCGAAUGGGCCGUUGCCGAGGGAGAUUAGGAGCAUGUAUCCCGCAGUGGAGGUCGUGCAGAGGAGGGGGGAGAUUAAUGCAUGGGACUCCCCCGAAUUCCGCGCUGCCGUCCGCGCUACGGGCAAGAAACAGAUGAUUAUCGGGGGUAUCGUGACGGAUGUGUGUACGAGCUUUCUCACGUUGUCGCUGCGGUCUGAAGGCUACUCCGUCUUCGCAAACGUCGAAGCCAGCGGUACGACCUCCCCGCUUGUCCGCGACACGGCGAAUCUCCGCAUGCAAGCUGCGGGCGUGCAUCUAGUGAGCCAGUUUGCCAUCGCUGGGGACCUCAUGCGUGAUUGGAGGAAUCCGUCGCCGGGGGUUGAAGCGGUGGUGGAGUUUAUCGAUGACUAUAUGCCCGUGUAUGGGAUGUAUAUGAGGGGUCACGCUGCUGCGAUAUUGAAGAAUGGUACGGUGCUGCCUGGGGUGGAGAAGUUGAUCUGA